UGUCCCAUUUUCUCCAUAUUCUUCAGUAUCAUCAAUGAAUAAUUUUGAAAGAUUUUUAAACUUGGAUUUUAAAGCCAAAACAAAAUCCCAACCCAAAUCUUGUACUCAUCAUCAUCAAAUGUUUUUGUUGUUAAUUUGUUGGGUUUCUUUCAUUUUGUUCUUCAAGUCCAAGUCUCCACCAAUGAAGAAACCAGUGUUUUUGGAGGAGAUUUCAAGGUUUCUUGUUUCUUGGUUUGACAGUGAUAAUAAAUUUGAUUUUAGUUUGUACCAAGUUUCCAUCAAAAGGCCUGCAGCGAAGAUUUGUUUUCUUGAUUUGCCUGAAUUGGCCAUAGACUGCAUUCUUGAAAAGCUUUCACCAUCUGGGCUGUGUAGUAUGGGGAGAGUCUGUGUCUCUUUAAGAGAGAGGUGCAGCAGUGAUGAUCUCUGGAACAAACACCUCAAGAAGAAAUGGGGAGGACUAAUUGGUAAUUCUGCUUUCAUAAAAACAAGAACAAGUUCUUUGGCAGCUAAUAAUUCAUUGAUGGCUAUGUAUAUGUCUCUUGAAAAUGGCCAGUUCUGGUUUCCUGCUCAGGUCUAUAAUCGGGAGAAUGGACAUGCUGGGUUUUUGUUGUCCUGUCAUGAUGCACAGCUUAGCUAUGAUUCCAGGACAGACACAUUUCAGGCAAGGUACUCUCCUUAUGGAAGGAGAAUGACAGAGGAUGGAAUAGAGUGGCAUAGGUUAAGAGCAGCACCUGUUGAUACUCCUGCAUAUCAUCUUCACAUUUCUGAUUGUUUACAUCACUUGAAACCCGGCGAUCAUAUCGAAAUUCAAUGGAGAAGAAGCACGGAAUUUCCUUACGGGUGGUGGUUUGCUGUUGUUGGACAUGUAGAAUCAUGUGAUGGGAAUGAGAAUAGUUGCCAUUGUCAAUAUAGUGAUAAGAUAGUAAUGGAGUUCAACCAAUAUUCACCUGCCUCAAGGUGGAGACGAAUUAUAGUCAACAGGAAGGACCACAAAGAAGAAGGAAAUGAAGCAGAUGGCUUUUAUGGAGGAAUUAGAAAACUUUACAAUCCACACGAAAUCUCUAUAUGGAAGAACCUUUGGCCAACCCAAGUUUUUGAGUAGUCAUUUUUAACAAUUUAAGCCAAGUUGUACGGAAAUGAAAAAUUCUGAAAUGGAGCGAUGCAAAACAAAUAUGUUUAUGCGUUUUCGGAGUUUAGAAGCGUUUUCAACUAAAAAGAAAACGAAAUCUAGAAACAAACAGCUAAACAAAUUUCAGUGCAAUAUAGAAUUAAGUCGGUCUGUAAAUAGUCCCCGCAUUCUACGCAAUUUAUGUUAAGACAUGGAAAUCAGGAAUGACAACAGAGUGGAUGUAGUCACAGGGGCGGAAGUAGCCCUUUGGGCUGAGGUUGCGACUGCCCCUCUAAAUUUUAUUUUUCUGCAAAAUUGUCCUUUAAAGUUUUGAUUUUUU